AAGUCCCUUCUCCAUCCCACCUCACUCUCUCAUCUGUAAUCCCUCCAUUUCCCUCAAAGUUUCAGUCUUUUUCAACUUCCUCUGUUUCGGGUUUCAAUGGCGGUUUCUGGGUUUGAAGGUUUUGAGAAGCGUUUGGAGCUCCAUUUCUUUGGAGAUGACCCGGUGAAAAUGGGUCUCCGGUUGAUGGAUUUCGGGUCAUUAGAGGAAGUAUUGCAUGCGGUGCAGUGUACUGUAGUCUCUGCUGUGGGGAACCGUUUCUUUGAUGCUUAUGUGUUAUCAGAAUCAAGCCUCUUCGUCUACCCCACCAAGAUCAUCAUCAAAACCUGUGGGACCACCCAGCUCUUGAAAUCCAUCCGUCCGUUGAUCCAUCACGCCCGGAAUCUUGGGCUCACCUUGUGCGGGUGUAGGUACACCCGUGGCAGCUUCAUCUUCCCCAAGUCGCAGCCUUUCCCCCACACCAGUUUCAAGGAAGAAGUAAAUUACAUUGAAGAGAAUAUCCCCGCCCACCUCUGCUUCCGUAAAGCCGCCGUCAUGCCGUCGAAGCUCCCGUCGCAUUCCUGGCACGUCUUCUCUGCCGGCGACGAAACCCAUCACUCCCUCGAUGUGCCGUACACCGUGGAGGUCUGUAUGACAGAGCUAGACCCGGUUCUCGCCCGGAAGUUCUUCCGACGACCCGCGGAUGGGAAGAACGGAGAUUCGGCGGGAAAAGAAAUGACCCAUAUCACCGGCAUUGACAACAUUAAUCCGGGCUCAAUCAUCUGCGAUUUCGCGUUCGACCCGUGCGGAUACUCCAUGAACGGCAUUGACUGUGAUCGGUAUUCCACGAUUCACGUCACACCAGAGGACGGCUACAGCUACGCCAGCUUCGAGUGCGUGGGGUCGGUUUACGAAGACAACGACGACGACAUCGUCCAGGUUUUAAAGAAGGCGGUUCAAGUUUUCCGGCCAUCGACCGUGUCGGUCUCGACGACGGCCACCAACCACGAAAUCUGGACUCGGGUGGCCCGCGCCAUGGAGCCGCUGGGAUUGAAAUGCAGGAGCUGCACAAUGGACGAGUUUCCAGCUGCCGGGAGCAUCGUGUUUCAGACAUUCACUGCUCGCCGGAAAUGAGCCGGAGAUAAAAAAACGACGAUCACGGAGGUAGAUAAUCGGGGAGGGGCAGGGGUUAAAAUUAAAAUUAAAAUUAAACAGUUUAAAAAAAAAAAGAUAAUAAUAAUUAGGGGGGGAAAAUUAAAAGUAGGGGAAUUUUUAAGGUGACGACUGACGAGGACGAGAUGAUGACGUGGGAGGAUGUAAUUGGUUAUAAGGGUGAUGAAUGUGGGGGUUAGAAUGGUAAAAAGAGUGGGUGAUGUGGCAGCAUCAUAAAAUUGGGAUGAUCAUGAUAAUGCACCCCACUCAAAUAUGUCACGCCUAAGAUUUUUGAAGUUUAUGUAGUGGAUAGAUUUGCAAGUGGAAAAAAAAAAAGUGUUGCGUAGUU